AUGGGCAAGAAGGGACGCAUAUGCGCCACCUGCACGGACAGCCGCACGCCGGCCCUAUCAGCAGCGAUGCUCGGUCACGUCGAAUGUCUCCACGAGGCGUACAAAUCGCUCAACGUGCUCAACGAGCGCGACAAAUUCGGCGCAACGCCCGUGCACUACGCGGCGCGUCACGGACAAAUCGAAUGCCUCCAGUGGCUCGUCGAGUACAGCAACGUCUCUCCGAACGCGGCAGCGAGGAACGGCUCGACCCCUGCGCACGACGCCGCCGCGACGGGCAACAUCGACUGCCUGCGCUUUCUGAUCGAGAACACGAAAUGUUCUGCGCAGGAGAGGACAAUCGAGGGAGCGACUGUGUUGCACAUGGCGUGUCGAUUUGGUCGUAUUGACGUGGUGCGCUGGCUGAUUGACAAUGCUGGAGCGUCGCCGUCCGACAAGGGGGCGAAUGAAGUGACUCCUGUGCAUCUUUGUGCUGCAAAGAAUAACAUCGCUUGUUUGAAAUGGCUGACUAACCACUCGGAUUACAAAGCAAACCAAGCGACUUCUCAUGGUGCCACUCCUGUCUACUUUGCUGCUCAAGAAGGAAGCUUGAAGUGCUUGCAGUGGCUUGUCUCUGAAGGAAAUGGUGAUGUCUUUACGUGUGCUAAAGAUGGCAUGUAUGCUCUACAUGCUGCGGCUCAGGCAGGCCAGUUUGAGUGUCUUAAGUAUUUGAUUGAGGAACAAGGGAUGUCUGUGCGACUGCGCUCGAGUGAUGGUGCUACUGCUGUUCAUUUUUCUGCUGCUGGCGGGCAUGUCAAGUGUCUCAGUUGGCUGUUGGAUCUUGAUGAGGACUUGGCUACUGUUAGAGACAAUCUUGGUGGGACACCGAUGCAUGACGCAGCAGAAGAGGGACAGUCAGCAUCGCUUGAGGAGUUUAUUAGACGUGGUGUUAAUUUGGAAGUACAUGAUUAUGAUCACGUAACUCCCCUGCAUCUUGCUGAGGAAGGCAACCACGAUGACUGUGUUGCCAUUUUGAGAGCCUACAAAGAAGCAAACGCUCAUACCACAAAGGCACCGAAAGUGUUUGUACCUAUUAAUGAGGAAGAAGAAGAAGACUUGAAGCAGAAGGAAUUAGAAGAGCAGCAGAGACGUCGCUUGGCUGCUGCAAUGAUUCAAGAAGAGGAACAAAAGCUGGAAGAAUGGAGAAAGAAACAAGAACAGACAUUGAGUCUUGGUGAGCAGUUACAUAAGUUAAAGGAGCUUUCUCAGAGUGAGGAUGAAGAGCGGGUAGACUUGAGUCACUUGUCUCGGAGUGUGUUGGUAGCUCGUCAAGGUAGCAAGCGAAUACAGCAAACAGAGAUAAAAGUCCAGGAGGCACUUAUCACGACACAAGCUAACACAAGCAAUCACAUAAUCGAUCUCACUAGUCAAUUAGCAGUUCAAACAGCAGAUACGGCAGAAGUUGGUUAUCACUCCAAAUCAACUAGUCCCAUACCGAAUGGCCAUGGACCAUCACAGUUAUCAUCACAGGAAACGUCACCGAUCAUAUUGUCACGAGAAUUGUCUCCUGAACCAUUAGAUGUUCCUGUACAACGUUCAGAUGCAUUUUCAGACUCUGAGGAUCAUUACAGACGAGGAAUGAGUGGUCGUCGUAAGAAGAGCUUGUUGGCUCUAUUUCGAAUCAAGAAAAAGAAGAAGAAACCAACUGACCAAAACAAGAAGAAGAAGAACAGCAUACAGAGUGACACAUUCUCUGACAGUGAUCUGGACACCAAUUCUGUGUCUGAAACAAACAAGAAACGCAGCCGUUGGAGGUUAUUUCGUAGUCGAUCACCAAAGCCAUCCACAUCACCAGUACAAGAAGAACCAGUUGAAACACAAAUUGAAGAAAACUCUGAAGAUGUUAAGGUUGUGAGGACUGCAGUGCAUUCAACAGAAUAUCCACAAACAUCACGAAAAGUAAGUGUUGCCAGUAAUGGACCACAAAUUGAAACAUCCAGAGCUGGUGGUGGUGAGUGGGUGUUGGUACAGUCUCACGGAAGUGCAGAGAUCAGGCGUCGCAGAUCAGUGGAGCAGUCUGCACGUGAACAUAUGAAGGAAGCAUCAAAGAUGGUUGCAGCAAUAAGAAAGGCAAAUCAAGAGAAAAGGAAGAUAUCUUGCCCAGAAGAAGACGAUGCACAGCAAAAGGAAGAUGAAGAAGAUCGAGAACGUGUCAAGAAAAUGUCUCAUACACGGGAACCACUGUCGUUACCAUCGAUCACUGCUGAGAAGAAACAGAAGGCAUUUGAAGAUGCAAUAUUUACAACUUGGAAAAGUGGUGUUGAACCUUUUCCAUCUACCAGGCUCGUGCAGGAGGAUCUCACUAAUGAGCUGAAAGUUCAACAGCGCCAUUCAACUGAAAUAGUCCUUCGAGAAGGUGAAACAACGACAGACGAAGAAAGAGAAGAUGCUGCAAAAUGGGCAAAGGGAGGUCUCUCACCUACAGAUGAAGAAUCAGAUGAUGAUGAUGACAACACAGAGUGGCAUCCUGAAUUGACGUCAACACUGCCAAAGAAAAGGUCUAAUCUUAGUUCAGCCCUGAGUUCUGCUGGACGAUGGGAACGUGAUGGUUCACAGGUGCCCAGGUGCAAUGAAGAUACUGCAGAAUACAUUCAGGUGACAGAUGCAAAGGAACACAUUUAUGACGAACCAUCUUUGGUGUUAGAAGACAGAGAAGCAGAACAUGAUGAAACAACAGAAGUAGAAGCAAAUACUACUGAACCACUUUAUGUUGAACCAAAUGAUGAAGAAAUUUCAAUAGUCAAGAGAAGUUUCACAAUGGUCAACUCAACAGAAAUCAUUCACAGUCAAACAGACGAUGACAUGCCUAAUAGAAAUGUGCUACACUUACAGGUAGGAGAUGAUUCCACUAAGAAUGAUGACUCUGGAAGUCGAGAACAGUCUCAGUCCCAGUCUCUAGGAAGUACUAACAAAAUACUUGGAGAAAGCAGUGGAAUGGCUAUGAAACAAAAUAUUAUUAUCAAAGUGUCUCUGCCUGACAACAAAGAAUAUAGUGAUAAUGACAGUAAGAGUGAGAGUGUUGAACUUCGAAGAAAAGCUGAAAAAAUGGCUGAACGUCACUCUGUUGAUCUUGAUCAGUCGCUGCAUGAAGUUACCAUGCAACGUGACUUUGAACAUCGGCUCAUUGUUGCCGAAGAGACAAGGCGACAGUUAAAGGAAAAGCAACAACGUCACAGUGCAGUAUUGGCGGCUGCAGCUGAAGAUGAAGACAAGGCUCGGAGAGAAGAGGAAUCAAAAGUUUUAGAUGCAGUCAAAGCAGAAAAGGAUGAAGAGAAGCAACAGAAAGAUGAGUUUCAAAAACGCAAAGACGAAGCAGCUAAGAGAAGAACAGAGAAGGAAGAGAAAGCUGAGAAGGAACGAACUCUAGAGAAAGGAGUCAAUGGUUCACCUGACAUUGAGGGAAUGGUUGCUCGAAAACAACAAGAAGACAACCAAAUUAGAUGCAAAUUAAGUCAAAGUCCAGAUAAGUUACUUGCAGACAUUGAUCAGAUGCUCGACACGGAUGUAGAUGCAUGGGAUCGACUUAGAAGGGAUGAAGAGAAGAGAGUCAAAAUCAAAAUUGAUAAGCAGAUGAUAAAAGCAGCAGCUCUUCGAAGACUGUCUAGAGGCAUCUCACCAGGGGCAGUCUCAAGAGACUCGACUAUGAGCAAAGAAGAGAGGGCAAUGGAAGCAGCUUUCUCAGCACUGAACGACUCGUUUGCUGACAUUGGUUUGGGAAAGGCAAUGAUUGAAAAGGCAGUGAUUGAAUACGACAUACCAAUAUUAGAGGACAAGCGUGAGGUCUCGAGAGAUCAAGAACUCUCUGAAGACGAAGAGCUCGACCUUGAUUUGCUGUUGGCCGACUUAGACAAGGCUAUCACCUUGGCAACAGAGAGAACAGCGUCGGGUACUGUAGAACAAGAAAUUGCAUAUGCCAGUGGUACAAGAAAUCGAAAGAAAUCAGCCGCAUCAUCCCAUUGCUCAACUCCCCAAUACACACCACAAAAGAGUCGAACACCUCGGCUGACACCAGGACAGACUCCAGGAAGCUCAAAGGGUGGUACACCAUCUGCUCAAGACAUGAGAAACCAACUUCGAAGACUUGUACUUGAUGGUCAACGGCAAGAAGAAUCGCUCAAGCGCAAGAAGAGUAGCAGAUUCAGCAACAGAAAGAAAAAAGCUGAGAAAUCUGACAGCAAACCAACACUGAUAGAGAAUGUUACAGUGUAUGAUGACGAUGGUCGAGCCUACAGUGUACCUUUAGGAAAGACUAUGAUGACCAUCAAAAUUCUGACCCACAAAGUAGCUGAGCAAUCUGGUCAGAAGCUCGUUCCCACUCUGUCUAUCAUCGAAUCAUUCCAAGACCUUCAUCUUGAAAGAUGUCUGGAAGAUCACGAGUUAGUCGAAGAAGUUGUUCAGUUUUGGCACGGCAAUAAGGCGGUUAGGUUGAUUGUACGAGAUGUACCAACGAAAUACAAACUGUGGGAGAAACCUCAGUUGCCACGUGAUGUGCUCAUCAAAUUUUGUGACUAUGGAGUUGUUCCCGACCUUUCUGGCCCAUUGUAUGAAAAAGACAAUAGAAAGAAGGUAUGGAAAGAGCGUCUGUUUGUACUUCAAGAGGAUGGCAUUAUGGGUGCAGCAACACAAGGAUCGAUGGACAAACGGCACUUGGUGGUUGUUGCAUCACUACGAAAUCACAACAUCUACACAGCUUUUGGUGACGACAAAGCAAAUCGAGGCCCAACACCUUAUUGCUUGUUCCUCAAGCCACACAACUCUGUGGUACGUACAGAAGUCAUCUCUCUUUGUGCCCCUAACGUUGACACAAUGAAUAGUUGGAUAGCUGCUAGUAGACUAGUAAAGUUUGGACCUCGAUUAAAGGAAGACUACUUGACAAUGCGACAUCAGUUUGCAGCAUUUAUAAAGACACAAGAAGGCAGUUCGUUACACUACUAGUCUGUCAUAAACAUUGUUAUCUAUCGAGUAUUAUUUGUCUAUGGACUGGAUUUUUAGUCUGUUUUCAGUGGAGUGUUAUUAUAGUUUGAGACAAAAAUGAAACUGAAAUUGUCAACUUUUCUAUAGAGAUUGACCGUGACAUGUAUGAUGUCAUGCACAUUUUAUUGUAUGAAGUUAUGGAAUAAACAGAUUCAAGUUUGACUGCA